AUGGAAGUGGAUGCACACAACAUAGUGCCAGUAUGGCUGGCAUCUGAUAAACAGGAAUACGCUGCUAGGACUAUUCGUAAUAAAAUACACAAGUUUCUGCCGGAAUUUCUAACAGAGUUUCCUCCUGUUACUGUCCAUACUCAUAACUCUAAGUUAACAAUGAAAUCAACUAAUUGGAUUAAAGCAAAGGAGAGCCUUGAAAUUGAUAUGACAGUCAGUGAAGUCUCAUGGGCUACUCCUGGGACUAAUGCUGGGCUAAAGGUAUUGGAUGAAUUCUGUACCAAGAGACUCAAGUUCUUUGCUGCGCAACGCAAUGACCCCAAUAAAGAUUCUCUCAGUAACUUGUCUCCUUGGUUUCAUUUUGGUCAAAUUGGGGUACAGAGAACUAUCCUAAAAGUCAAGAGUUAUAGUUCGAAGCACUCUGAGAGUGUAUCAGCAUAUAUUGAAGAGGCAGUCGUGAGGAGAGAGCUAGCUGAUAACUUUUGCUAUUAUAAUCCUCACUAUGACUCCAUCAGUGGGGCAGCACAAUGGGCUCAAGAUACACUAAAAGCUCACAAGAAGGAUAAGAGAGAGUACAUUUAUACUCAGGAACAAUUUGAGUCAUCAUCGACGCAUGAUCCUCUUUGGAAUGCUGCUCAACUACAAAUGGUACAGGAAGGAAAGAUGCAUGGUUUUCUGAGGAUGUAUUGGGCUAAGAAGAUACUGGAAUGGACAUCAAGUCCUGAGGAAGGAUUAAGGAUUGCUAUCUAUCUCAAUGAUAAGUAUGAGAUUGAUGGUAGAGACCCUAAUGGAUAUGUUGGUUGUAUGUGGUCGAUAUGUGGCAUUCAUGAUCAAGGCUGGGCUGAGAGAUCAGUGUUUGGUAAGAUACGGUACAUGAACUAUCAGGGAUGCAAGAGGAAGUUUGAUGUUGGACAGUUUGAAAGGAAAUACAACAAGAAAAGGAAAUUAGAUAAGGAAGAGCUACCUGCUGCAUUCAAGAAGUUUAAAAAGCAAAAGUAACUCUCAAGACAUUUUAUUUUAUUAUCAAAACUCAUCUUAUACACACUUUAUUUUAUAUAUUCAUUAUAAUAAUCAAAAUUCUAAAACGACAAUGAUGACAUAAC